AUGGCUCCCGCGAACCCUGAUAUCACAAUAACCUACGUCCAAGUUCCAGUCCCUCUACCGCAGUCGGCAUCUACUACAAACCUUCGAUCAUGUAAAUUACGCAGGAAGCGCUCUCUUGGCACGGACGGUCGGCGACAGCGCGAUGAGAAAAGUGAUCAUAUCCAAUUGCAACUGGAGAAGGCCCAUCGUCAACUUCACUUCCACAGAAAUGGAUCGCGAGUGCCCGGAUCGAAAUGUUUCUAUCGAUCGGUUGGCGUACUCAGCCUCUGCGCUGGGUCAGCGCAUUUUUACCUCCUUUCGCUAGUUGGUGGCGAUCUCGAAUGGAUCAAACAGAACAUGGGCAAAAUUGGCACCUUGCUUGUUCUCAGCGCAUUGUUAUACACUGCAGCCAUCACGCUGGUAUAUACUUUGAAGUUUCCGACUAGUUGGCGUAUGGCACUCGGCAUUACUCUGGUUCUUGAGCUGGCAUUGCUGAGAAAUGCUGACCAAGGGAUGUCAUUCGAUCGCCAUGGCGGGUAUAAUAUGUUGAUCUUUUUUGCUAUUGGUGUGCCUCUAAAUUUGGUCGUUCUCGGAAUAGUUCUGCUCUAUCGUAGUACUUCGUACUUCUGGCACAUACUCGCGAGCAUUAUGACUUCCCUGUUGCUGUACGCGGGCACGACACUGCUUCACCAGAAGGCUCAAUGGGGUGAAGGAUUACUCGGCCGUAGUUACCAAGCGGAUGCCGUGGCUUGCCGGAUUCCUGAGCCAAACUGGCCCUUUGUUGACCUGCUGCCUUCAGGGGCACAAAACUUCUGGACAGGCCGGCAGAGUUGUCCCUCUACAUCCACCAAAUUUGAUGCGCAGCUAACACAGGAUGAUGGGCUCUUGACGAUUAACGGAUGCCCUCAGGGUCUACCGACUUCGUAUGAUGUGCUGCCUGACACGCGCAGUUGGUCUGCCCUCGAGAAGCAACGGUACAUGAUGAACAGGCUGAUGGUCCAGCGGACUGUACGUCAAAACUAUACGGGCCCAGUGCGCCUUGAUAGGCAAUCAACUGAGACGGUGAUUGCGCGUUGCGGCGAUGAAGAGAAACUGCUGCUUCGCAUCGGUCGAACUCUACCGCCGUUACAAAGGAGUACACAACAAGUAGAGAUGCAGCGACCCAAUGUCCUCCUUCUGUAUUUCGAUGCGGUUUCCCGCCGUCACUUUCAGCGACGUUUACGGCGCACGUCAAGGUUUAUUGAAGAGCUACACCAGCCUGGGCAGCGGCAGGUGUACCAAUUCUUCCGUUCUCACGCAGUUGGCUUCAACACAGAUGACAACAGCCGCGGUCUUUACACAGGGACCACAAACCGCAGUCAGAUUGAUCCUGUCUGGCAGCAAUUCCGCGAUAAUGGCUAUGUCGUUGCCCGAACUGACACAAGUUGCGAGGACUGGUCGUCGUGGUAUCAGGGGCGCAACACUUCGAUGACGGCGCUGGAUCAUGAGAUGCUCGGACCGGCAUGCCUACCGCCAUAUUAUGCUCUUGAAGGUCACCCAUACGGCAACUUCAACGGGCCGUACAGCCUCAAGCGUCGCUGCGCAUAUGGCGACUAUGUGCAUUCUUGGAACUUUGACUUUGCUCGGCGUUUCCUUGACGUGUAUCCCGACCGGCCCUGGCUGCUCUCAGUCAACUUUAUUGAAGGGCAUGAAGGGAGUGGCGAAGUACUUGCGACAGUUGAUCAUCAGUUACAUGCCUUUGUAGCCGAGUUGCGUGACAAAGGGACGUUGAACAACACAGUCGUCUUCUUUUACGCAGACCACGGGCUGCACAUGGGACUCAACUACCUGUUCACACAAAACGGCCGCAUCGAACAUCAGAACCCAAUGCUUCUCAUGAUGCUCCCUUCGUAUGUGGCAUCGCGGUUGCCUGCGAGAGAUGGCCGUGAUGGACUGCUGGCAAAUGAACAGGCUCUUGUGACGCCGUUCAACACACAUGCGACGUUGAGGGUGCUGGCGGGCUUGAAGCAGUGGCCACCGUCGCCAUCGCCCAACGUUGUUUCUCCAUACUGGGAUAUGUCACUAUUCGAGCCACAGCCGCGGAAUCUCACUUGCGCGUCGGUUGGGAUCGAGGAAGAAUACUGUCAGUGCAAGUGA